AUGUCAUCUCACGGAAAGCCGAUUUCUCGGAUCGCGAUUAUCGGCGUCGGCCAAGUCGGCACCGCUGCCGCUUACGCGAUUAUUCUUCAUUCACUCGCCAGUGAACUGCUCUUAGUUGACAUCAAAACCCAUUUAAGGAACGGCCAGGUCAACGAUCUGUCCGAUGUGAGCUACAGCUGCAACAGCAAAACAAGUGUGCGAGCGGCCACCCACCAGGAGGCCCGCGAUAGCGAUAUUGUGGUUAUUACCGCGGGGUCAAAUUAUUCCACAGGCGAAACCAGCACUCAGCACAUUUACCAAAAGGUCUCGAUUAUUCGAAGCAUCAUCAAUGAAAUGAGGCCAUUUAGAUCAGACACCAUUCUCCUCGUCGUUGCGAACCCUGUCGACCUUCUCACAUCGCUCGCGCAUAAGCUCUCCGAUCUACCAGCUUCCCAGGUUUUGGGCUCUGGAACCUUCCUCGAUUCGGUGCGAAUUCGUAAUCUAUUAGCAGAAACAACUGGGGUCGCGGCCAACUCCAUAGAUAUAUACGUAGUGGGCGUACAUGGGGACUCGCAGGUUGUGGCAUGGUCAGAUGCAACAAUCGCGGGCAUCCCAAUCAACGAAUCGCUCCCGCUCAGCACUUUGAACCGCGACGAGCUUUCCAGUGAGUGCAAAAAAAGAUCGCGGAUAAUAAUCCAGGAGAAAGGUUCAACACCUCUCGGAAUUGGAUCCAUAAUAUAUAGCAUCUGCUCUUCUAUCCUGUUCGACAAACGAAACGUUCGUCCCAUCAGUCAUUUCCAGCCCGAGUGGGGUUGUUGUUUCAGCUUGCCUGUCAUCCUCGGGAGAGCAGGAAUCAUCAAAAAAAUUCAGAUGCCGUUUAAUAACGACGAGAGGGCUGCUUUAGAUGAGUCAGUGAAGGACCUGAGGACCAAGUUUGAGAGGAUCAAUGAAGAUCAGUAG